AUGAGCGCAAUAGGGCUUAUCCUGCAGACUCCAGCGGAUGACGACCUACCCUUCAUUAUCCUCUCCAUUACCCGCAUUCCGGCAGAAACACACCAAAGAAGCGCUGACUGGGUCUGCCUUCUCUUUGCCGCACCUCAUAUCACGUUGAAAGCUUUGCUCUCCGAUGAGUCUUUUCCAUCAGAUUAUGCCCCUUUGGCUCCCGACUUUAUGUUUCUUCCGGCUGGUAUUCUCAAGUGGCAGGUGGAACAAACUAGAGAUCGAGUUGCAGGCUUGCUGGAAGAUGUAAUAGAAAAGGAGAAAGUCAUUUUUGGAAUGACUAAUACUUUUGACGUAGCGAGCAUUAAAAAUACCUUGUUUGAGCAAGGCAAGAAGCACCUGAAGCUGCGAAAUCGAUGGCUCUUCGAACAGGAAUUGGCCGAGAACAUGAGUCGAUGCUUUGACGAGAUUGCGAGGCGGCAGACCAGGAGCGGCAACAGCAGAAAUAGCCCGCCGACGUAUUCGAGAAUUCUCCUGCAGAGAGUCCAGACACUGGUCAGCUUGUCAAGGAUGUUGAAGCAAGAUUUGGCCACUAUCCCUUCAAAGAUACAGGCCCAACAUCAAAUGGUAACUUCCUCAAAACACAUCCGAGAGCUAGGGAGGAACACACUAAAUCCCAGUAACCAGAUUGACGCCCGACUGAACAUAAUGAUUGCUCAGAAUUCUGCCAUAGCCGCCGAGGAAGCGCGUCGUGAUAGCUCGUCUAUGAAGACGAUUGCUGCCCUUACCUUGAUUUUCCUUCCUGCUACCUUCGUUGCGUCGAUUUUCAGCAUGUCCAUGUUCAACUGGCAAGCUGAAAGUGGGGGUCUUGUCACGUCCAGAUGGAUCUGGGUGUAUUUUGUUAUUGCAAUUCCCUUGACUUUGAUGGUCCUUGUUUUCUGGAUUCUCUGGUACAAAUGGACCCAGGCUAAGUAUUCGAAGAGGCAUGGAAAAGGAUCCCAGAUGGUUGUAUUCCCAGAUUCGGCGUAG